UUGUAUCCACACGCGGACGGCAUCGCAUCGCAUUUCGAGCUCGUGUGUUUGCUAUUGAAACUACAUAUUUUGCUAGGCGCAUUUCUAUAGAUCCGAAUAAAGCAACGCUUCUCGCGAUCAUCAAAAAUGCAGGGCCGCCCGCCUUUGAUCGGGCAUCGUGCGUCGUUAUUUUCUAUAUUGUUAUUGUUAUUGGUGUCGCAAGCAUCGAUCUGCGUCCGGGCGGCGGACUUGGCCUCCUACGUCGUCGAUACGCAAAUCGUGCCCGAUGCCCUGGACGAGGCCCCCAAGGAGCUACUGUCGGUGAGCUACGGCGGUAAGCAGGUGCAAGUGGGCGAGGAAUGGACACCGACCGCCUGCAAAGACCCGCCGACGAUCGACAUGCACUACGAUCCGGCCAAGUUUUACACGCUGAUAAUGACCGACAUCGACGCGCCGAAACGCUCCAAGCCGACCUAUCGCGAGUUUCUCGCCUGGUGCGUGGUGAACAUACCCGGGGAUCACUUCGCCGCGGGCCAGGUCUUGGCCGAGUACUCGGGCAUCGGGCCGCCCAAGGACAGCGGCGAGCAUCGUGUAUUAUUCACGCUGUACGAGCAGCAAGGCAGCCACGAGUACGACGAGAAGUUUAUAGACAGCAGGCAGCUCGGCUGGCGAUUGUGGUUCUCGCAGCGGAAUUUCAGUAACAGGCACGGCAUGGCCAACGAUGGGCAGCCCGUGGCCGCCGCGGUACUAGUCGCCAAUUACGACCAGUACUCGGACAAGCUCGCCGACGAGUUCAAGAAGAGAUUGAAGAUGUGAGAUCUUCUCUUUGGGAAUUUCGACGAUUAUUGUGCCGAUUGAUAAAUAAAAUAAAUAAUAAAUAAAAACUUU